AUGAAGAGGAGAAGUAGCAGAGGAUUCCCGUCGGCCUUGGUUCAGCGGUGCACCACAAUCCUUCUCGCUGUCGCUGACCGCUCGGGAACCAUCGCGGGGCAGCACAUUGUUGAGCUCGUUCCAGCCGUUCUUCCACGAAUCCCACAAAAUCGGGAACAGAUUUGCAGUGAAAAAUGGAAUUGGGUGUCCUCAAAAGCGUAUGGAGACACGACAACUGGACGAGCUAUUGCAGAGGUCGAAGAUGUAUGCUCAAGGGCCAAAGAUGACCACGUCAAGUUGGAUGAGAUACCAAGAAGGUUGAAGAUAGUUGUGGCGACGAUGUACCAAAGGUUGCUGAAGAAACCCGUGAAGAGAUCAAAGGUGGUUGUACUAAUGAGGUUCACACGUUGA